GCCCUCUUGCCUAGCUACGGGGUAAUACGGGGCUUGAGCUUGGGAAGAGGGCGAGGGAAGCAAGUUAGACGUCGGCCUGGCGGGCGGCGGCGGCAGCGGUACCGCAACCGUCCAAUAUUUAUCUAAUUGCCCAACGACCACUGAUGAAGAUAGGUUGGAGUAACUGCUGAAACUGAAUUUUAUUGACCAGAAGACAGUCCAUUUGUUUCACUUCUUUUUGUUUUCCCUACUGCUUUGAGCUUUACUGUAACGGCUGAAAAACUUGGAAAAUAAAAUGAACAUGCUGUGGUCUUGAACUUUUUUUUUUUUUUGAGGAAAAAUUAAAGUGCCAGAGUGAAAGCCAGAAUGGCAUCCAGAGAGAGACUCUUUGAACUUUGGAUGCUUUAUUGUGCGAAGAAAGAUCCAGAUUACCUGAAGCUGUGGUUGGACAAUUUUGUUUCUAGCUAUGAACAAUUCUUAGAUGUUGACUUUGAAAAGCUGCCUACCAGGGUAGAUGAUGUGCCUCCAGGAAUAUCUCUGCUUCCUGAUAAUAUUCUGCAGGUUCUGAGGACCCAGCUUCUACAGUGUGUUCAGAAAGUGGCAGAUGGGUUAGAGGAAGAACAACAAGCCUUGUCAAUUUUGCUUGUCAAGUUCUUCAUUAUUCUUUGCAGAAAUCUAUCUAAUGUAGAAGAAAUUGGGACUUGUUCAUAUAUCAAUCAUGUUAUUACUAUGACAACACUCUAUAUUCAACAAUUAAAAAGCAAAAAAAAAGAGAAGGAAUUGGCAGAUCAGACAUCUAUCGAAGAAUUUGUGAUCCACGCGUUGGCAUUUUGUGAAAGUUUAUAUGACCCAUAUCGGAAUUGGAGGCAUAGAAUUUCAGGACGAAUCCUUAGUACUGUGGAAAAGAGCAGACAGAAAUAUAAACCAGCUUCUCUCACAGUGGAGUUUGUCCCUUUCUUUUAUCAAUGUUUUCAAGAAAGUGAGCAUCUCAAGGAAAGCCUUAAGUGUUGCUUAUUGCAUCUCUUUGGAGCCAUUGUAGCUGGUGGGCAGAGGAAUGCUUUGCAAGCAAUUUCUCCAGCCACCAUGGAGGUUCUCAUGAGAGUUUUGGCCGAUUGUGAUUCUUGGGAGGACGGAAAUCCUGAAGAAGUGGGUAGGAAGGUGGAACUUACUCUGAAGUGCCUUACAGAGGUGGUACAUAUCCUUCUCACUAGCAGCUCUGAUCAGCGUCAAGUGGAAACCAGCACUAUUUUGGAGAACUAUUUUAAAUUGCUAAAUUCAGAUCAUUCAGCUUUACCUAAUCAAAGGAGGUCCAGACUGUGGGAAAGCCGGUUCAUAGCUCUACAGAUCAAAAUGCUGAAUACCAUUACAGCCAUGUUAGACUGCAGAGAUAGGCCUGUUCUUCAGGCUAUUUUUCUUAACAGUAAUUGCUUUGAACAUCUCAUACGACUGCUACAGAACUGCAAGCUAUUUUUAAAUGCUAACAGUAAGGUGGCAGACAAGAACAAGAAAGACCUUGCCAACAAAUUACUGACAGAAAUGAAUGAGGACCAGGUGUUUCAGGCACAGUUGGAUUGUUUGGCUGUAUCAACCAUUCAGGCUUUGACAGCCGUAAUGAACAAAUCUCCAGCUGCUAAGGAAGUAUUUAAGGAAAGAAUUGGUUAUACACAUAUGUUUGAAGUAUUAAAAUCAAUGGGUCAGCCACCACUGGAACUACUUAAAGAACUUAUGAAUAUGGCUGUAGAGGGUGAUCACACUUCAGUUGGAAUUUUGGGCAUUAGUAAUGUCCAGCCUCUCUUGCUUCUUAUCCAGUGGCUUCCAGAGCUAGAAUCCCAUGACCUGCAAAUCUUCAUCUCUGAUUGGCUGAAAAGAAUUUGUUGUAUUAAUAGGCAGAGUCGAACUACUUGUGUCAAUGCAAACAUGGGAAUUAGAAUCACUGAAACCCUUAAUUCCCAUUCUUCCCUCCAUCGAACUUGUGCUGAGAACUUGAUUGCACUCCAUGGUUCAUUGGGGAGUCAGUCAGUGAGCUCAGAAGAAAUCCGUCAACUACUAAGAUUGUUGAGAGUGGAUGAAUCUGAGUACAUUCACCCCUAUACCACUCUUGUAACUCGAGCAAUCCUGACAAUGGCCCGAAAACAAAGUCUAGAGAGUGCACUGCAGUAUUUUAAUUUGUCACAUAGUAUGGCAGGAAUUUCUGUGCCUUCCAUACAGAAAUGGCCAGGGUCUGCCUUUUCUUUCAAUGCUUGGUUUUGCUUAGAUCAGGAUCAGUUGACUCUUGGCAAUGCUAACAAAGGAGGAAAAAGAAAACAAUUAUACAGCUUUUUUACAGGAAGUGGCAUGGGUUUUGAAGCUUUUAUUACCCAUUCAGGUAUGUUGGUUGUGGCAGUGUGCACGAAAAGAGAAUAUGCAACAGUUAUGCUUCCUGACCACAGUUUCUGUGAUUCCCUCUGGCACAACAUAACCAUUGUUCACAUGCCUGGAAAAAGGCCCUUUGGUCAGAGCCUUGUAUAUAUCUAUGACAAUGGACAGCAGAAGGUCUCUGCCCCUCUGAGAUUUCCUGCCACGAAUGAACCUUUUAUUUCUUGCUGUAUUGGUUCAGCUGGGCAAAGAACCACCACUCCUCCACCAUCCCAAAUCCCAGAUCCACCCUUUCUUCUCCCAUUACCCCCUCAUCGAACAUCAUUUGGUGGAAUUUUGUCCUCAGCUUCCUGGGGAGGAACAAUGGAAAAAUCAAAGUUGAUUACCAAAUUGAUAUCAGCUGGAACACAAGACAGUGAAUGGGGGUGUCCCACAUCUCUGGAGGGACAGCUGGGGACUGUUAUCAUCUUCUAUGAAGCACUGCAACCUCUGCAGGUGAAGGCAUUAUAUUUAGCAGGUGAGCAUUGCCUACCACCUUGGAAAUUUCAAGAGUCUGACAUGGCUGACCUGCCUGGUAACGUCCUUCUUCACUACACUGCAAAGGCCUGCAAAAAUUCAAUCUGUCUUGAUUUAUCUACUAAUUGUUUGCAUGGAAUUACAGGAAACAAAGUAGUAAACUGGGACAUUAAGUGUAGUUUCCUACUUUCGGACAGCAUAAACUGCAUAGGUGGAUUAACUGUACUCUUUCCUCUAAUGGAACAAAUCAGCCACUUUGGUGAAGGACAGAUUCCUGAGGGAUUGAAUGAAAGCACAGUUUCUGAAUUGAUAACACCUGUAGAAGGAGAUUGGUGGGUAUUUGAACUCCCCAAGGCAUCAGAAAUCAGACUAGAGAGAAAUUUAAUUGCAACAUUUAUCUUGAUUGUGAAACACUUUAUUCAAAGACAUCCUAACCAGGACAAUCUUAUGCACUCCCAUGGAAUUGCCAUUCUUGGUGCCUUACUUCAGAAGGUGCCAAGCACCUUGAUGGAUGUUAAUGUAUUGAUGGCAAUUCAAUUACUCAUUGAGCAGGUAUCAUAGAGAAAAUAUGCAGCUCCUGCAACAAAUUAUCAGUAUUUACUCUUUGACUUCCAUUGGAACCGUGGAGAUUUUCCCUUCGAAUUGAGUGAACUUUCUAUUUUAGGUCACAUACAGUAUCUUUCCACCAUCAUCAAGGACAGCAGGAGAGUUUUUCCGAAAGAAGUAUGGUGUACAGUUCUCCUAGAGACACUUAGGAUUUAUUAUGGGAGUGAUUGUAAAUAUAGUGAGCUGUCUCUAGAUGAUAUUCGAACAAUAAGGACUUCUUUGUAUGGACUAAUUAAAUAUUUGUGCAAAGGCGGAACUCAUGAAGAGAUACAAAGUAUUAUUGGUUAUGUAUCUGCUAUCAAUGAAGAAGAACAGGUAUUAUGCUCUGGAUAAAUCUCUUUUGGAAUUUUGGACAUACUCUUCGGUCUCCUACGUACCAGCCCAACUAGAGGUCAACUUUUCUUACCGUUUGAACCAGGAAAUGCUGACAUACUAUGCCUUGCUCUUAAUCAGAAAUACUCUGACAGACUAAGAGAAAUCAUUUUCCAGGUUAUGGAACAGAUGUUGAAAUGCACGAACGUUUAUGAACGAAGUAAACAACGUAUUCGACUUAGAGAAGUUGGCUACUCAGGAUUAGGGCUCCUUCUUAAUGAAGCACCUGUUAAUACUUCUCUCAUUAAAAGUCUCACCAAUCAAAUUAUAAAUACAGAUCCUCUAUUAUUUCAAGAUCUGUUAUCUGUGGUAUAUAUAUCUCACAGAGCACGUAUACAUGUCAGGGUGGUCAUCUGCAGAAAGAUUUUACAGAUUUUACAGUCCCAGCCAGAUGCAGCACAUCAAAUAUCUCAACAAGUGGGUUGGCACAGACACUUUAGUUAGGCUUUUUUUAAAGGCAAAUUUGAAAAUGGAAAUACUCUUCAUAAGCACAGUAAGGCUGUUGUAAUGAAAGACAAUGAUAAAAAUAUAUCAGCUGAAGAUAUGAAGAGGAACUCUGAUGAAAAGACAGAUGAGGAAAAAAUCAGCUCUUUUGCCUCAGCUCAUGUGUCUUCAGAUCAGUGGAGUCUGGAGGAUAGACACUCCCUAGACUCCAACACACCAUUAUUUCAAGAAGAAAGCUUGAUGGGAGAAUUAUCUUUCAAAUCAGAGAAUCGAGGAGAAUUCUGGCAUAACCCUUCACAUUUGAGUUUAGAUCUCAGUGGAAUUGAUUCAUGUGAACUGAGUGAUAGUGGAAGUCAAAUGCCAGACAGCUUGCCUAGCACGCCAUCCCCGAUAGAGUCCACUAAGUCAUUUUCUGUGCAGUCUGACAAGAAAGCAGCUCACAAUGAUGUGGGCUUUAGUGAUGACUUCUCUUUACUUGAUAACCAAGAGAGAUGUGAGGAAGAGCUUAUUGAAUUACUGACAAAUAUUUUGAACUGUGUAAUGUGUAAGGGACUAGAAAAGUCUGAUGACGAUACUUGGAUUGAACGGGGACAAGUGUUUUCGGCACUAACUAAACCAGGAAUAUCCAGUGAGCUACUUCGACCAUCAGAUGAAAUAAAACUAAUUUUGCUACAGAAGAUGUUAGAAUGGGCAGUCACAGAAAACAGAGAAGCAAAAUUUAAUCCAGUAACUGCUGAAAAUGCUUUCCGACUCAUGCUGAUCAUACAGGACUUUCUGCAGUCAGAGGGACUAGUUAAUUCGAACAUGUGGACUGAGAAGCUUUUAGAGGAUAUGAUGCUGCUCUUCGACGGUCUGUCAGUUUGGUAUUCUGAAAGUCCAGUAUGGAUGAAACUCUCUCAGAUUCAACUCCAGAUGCUUCUAGGCUUCAUUGGCAGGGGUAAUUUGCAGGUUUGUGCAAUGGCAUCAGCUAAGCUAAACACCCUUCUUCAGACCAAGGUGAUUGAAAAUCAGGAUGAAGCAUGUUACAUUUUAGGGAAGCUGGAACAUGUUCUGAGUCAGUCAAUCAAGGAACAGACUGAAAUAUACUCAUUUCUGAUUCCGCUUGUCCGUACCCUGGUUUCCAAAAUUUAUGAGCUUCUCUUCAUGAACUUGCAUCUGCCUUCUUUACCUUUUACCAAUGGAAGCUCUUCAUUUUUUGAAGAUUUUCAAGAAUAUUGCAGUUCAAAUGAAUGGCAAGUUUACAUUGAAAAAUAUAUUGUACCUUAUAUGAAGCAGUAUGAAACCCAUGCAUUCUAUGAUGGUCAUGAGAGCAUGGCACUAUACUGGAAGGAUUGUUAUGAAGCCUUAAUGGUGAAUAUGCAUAAACGAGACCGGGAAGGGGGAGAGAGCAAGCUCAAGUUUCAGGAGUUUUUUGUGGAGCCAUUUAAUCGAAAAGCACGCCAAGAGAACUUGAGGUAUAAUAAUAUGCUUAAACAACUUAGCAGUCCACAGUUAGCCACUCUGAGACGCUGGAAGGCAAUAAAGCUCUAUCUUACAUGUGAAAGGGGACCUUGGGCUGAAAGGAAACAAAGUCCAAUUCACUGGAAGCUAGCUAACGUAGAAAAUUAUUCCCGCAUGAGACUUAAAUUGGUGCCAAAUUAUAACUUCAAAACCCAUGAUGAAGCUAGUGCUUUGAGAGAUAAUCUAGGUAUCCAGCACUCGCAGCCUUCCAGUGAUUCACUGCUUUUGGAAGUAGUGAAACAAGUAAAAGUUAGUGAUAUGGAGGAGGAUAAACUAGAUCUUCCUGAAGAGGAAAUAACAGCCAGAGUAAAUAUUGAUGAGAAAGAAGAACAGGAUCAAAAAGAAAAAUUGGUGUUGUUGGAAGACUGUGAACUCAUUACAAUAAUUGACAUAAUUCCUGGCAGAUUAGAAAUCACUACUCAACACAUUUACUUCUAUGAUGGCAGCAUUGAAAAAGAGGACGGACUAGGCUUUGAUUUCAAGUGGCCUCACUCUCAAGUUCGAGAGAUCCACCUACGACGGUACAACUUAAGGAGGUCAGCCCUUGAGAUUUUUCAUGUUGACCAAUCCAACUACUUUCUCAAUUUCAAAAAAGAGGUUAGGAACAAAGUAUAUAGCAGACUGUUGUCACUUCAUUCUCCAAAUAGUUAUGGAACCAGAUCACCACAGGAGUUAUUCAAAGCAUCAGGAUUGACACAGAAAUGGGUAAACAGAGAGAUAUCAAAUUUUGACUACCUCAUUCAAUUAAAUACAAUGGCAGGACGAACCUAUAAUGAUCUUGCACAGUAUCCUGUGUUCCCCUGGAUUUUACAAGAUUAUACUUCAGAAGAGUUGGAUCUUAAUAACCCAUCUGUAUUUCGAGAUCUGUCCAAACCAAUUGGGGUAGUUAAUGAUAAAAAUGCCAAAGCCAUGCGAGAAAAAUACGAAAAUUUUGAGGAUCCUAUGGGAACUAUUGAUAAAUUUCAUUAUGGUACUCACUAUUCAAAUUCUGCCGGGGUUAUGCACUAUCUUAUUCGUACAGAACCAUUCACCACCCUCCACAUCCAGCUUCAGAGUGGAAGGUUUGACUGUGCAGAUCGACAAUUCCAUUCCAUCCCUGCUACCUGGCAGGCUCUCAUGGACAAUCCAUAUGAUGUGAAGGAACUUAUUCCUGAAUUCUUCUAUUUCCCAGAAUUUUUGGAAAAUCAAAAUCAAUUUAACUUGGGUCAUCUACAAGUUUCCAGAGAACUAGUAAAUGAUGUCAUUCUCCCCAAAUGGGCUAAGUCAGCUGAAGAGUUCAUCUAUAAACAUAGGAAAGCUCUGGAGUCUGAAUAUGUUUCUGCUCAUCUUCAUGAAUGGGUAGAUCUGAUUUUUGGCUAUAAACAGAGGGGGCCAGCUGCAGUGGAGGCACUCAAUGUUUUCUAUUACUGUAGUUAUGAAGGAGCUGUGGAUCUGGAUGCCUUAACAGAUGAGAAGGAAAGAAAAGCCUUAGAAGGGAUGAUUAACAAUUUUGGGCAAACACCUUGUCAACUGUUAAAGGAACCACACCCUUCUAGAUUAUCAGCAGAGGAAGCAGUGCAGAAGCAAACCAAAACAGACACUUCAACCUUUAACUUAUUUCAACACCUCCCUGAACUCAAGUCAUUCUUUAUAGAGGGAAUUAGUGAUGGUAUUCCACUAAUAAAGGCCAUUGUCCCCAAAAAUCAGUCUCGUUCUUUUAUUUCACAAGGCAGUCCUGAGUUACUGGUAACAGUAAGCAUGAAUUACGUUAUUGGAACCCAUGGAUGGCUGCCUUAUGACAGAAACAUUUCUAAUUACUUUACAUUCAUCAGGGAUCAAACUGUGACAAAUCCAAAAACUCAGCGUAGUAUGAAUGGACCUUUUGCUCCAGGGCUGGAGAUCACUUCUAAGCUAUUUAUAGUAUCACAUGAUGCGAAGUUGCUUUUUAGUGCUGGACACUGGGAUAAUAGCAUUCAAGUGAUGUCACUUACAAAAGGCAAAAUUGUUUCACACAAUAUCAGACAUAUGGAUAUUGUGACUUGUUUAGCUACAGAUUACUGUGGAAUACAUUUGAUUUCUGGUUCCAGAGAUACUACGUGUAUGGUAUGGCAGAUAACACAACAGGGAGGUGUUCCUGUGGGCCUAGCAUCUAAACCAUUUCAGAUUCUGUACGGACACACUGAUGAGGUAUUGAGUGUUGGCAUCAGCACUGAGCUAGACAUGGCAGUGUCAGGAUCAAGGGAUGGCACUGUGAUUAUACAUACCAUUCAGAAAGGUCAGUAUAUGCGGACUUUACGACCACCUUGUGAGAGUUCUCUGCUCCUGACCAUUCCCAAUUUGGCUAUAUCUUGGGAAGGACAUAUUGUCAUCUACUCCAGCAUUGAAGAAAGUACCACCCUCAAGGAUAAGAAUGCAUUGCAUUUGUUUUCUGUAAAUGGCAAGUAUCUACAGUCUCAAGUCCUGAAGGAACAAGUAUCAGAUAUAUGUGUAAUUGGAGAGCACAUUGUCACAGGCAGCUUACAAGGAUUCCUGUCCAUAAGAGAUCUCCACAGUUUGAAUCUCAGCAUCAACCCAUUAGCCAUGCGAUCGCCUAUCCACUGUGUUUAUGUAACCAAAGAAUAUAGCCAUAUUCUUGUAGGAUUAGAAGAUGGCAAAUUGAUUGUCGUGGGUGUUGGCAAACCAGCUGAGAUGCGCUCAGGUCAGCUUUCUCGAAAAUUGUGGGGAUCUAACAAGCGGCUCAGCCAGAUUUCAGCUGGAGAGACUGAAUAUAAUACUCAAGAUUCCAAGUGAUUGUUAUUUCUGCCUUCUGUCAUGGAUAACUGAAAUUUGAUUUAUUGCUUUGUCACUUCAAUCUGUGACAGAUUAAAUGUGACAUUAAAUCACUUUAAUAUCACAUCUCUCAACUAUCUUAAAUGUUUCAGGGCUGUUAUCCCUGAAAAUCAUUUAGGGAUUACCAAAAUUUGGUAUCUUAUAUGUAUAAAGUCGUAGGUUAUAUUAUUAUUAUCCACUAAAAAAAUUUCUGGUUAACAUCAUUGAACCUAUCGUAUUAACUAAUUCUUGGUCUACACUAAGAUGAAUUUGAGAAAAUACAUUUGAUUAGAUUUAGUGGUUUAUUCCUAAAGAUCAUUAGAUCCAUUUUAAAAAAUAAACUUCUAAAAAUAAAGAAGUUAAAUUCAAUUUGCUUAUUCUAAACAGCAAAAGUUGAGGUAUUUCUAAUAAAAGAGUAGCGAUAAUGGGACAGUUGAGAGAUAUGGCUUUUAAUACAUUCUUUAGUUAAUCAUUCUCCUAUUUACUGAAUAAAUCAUCCUAAAUACAUCAGUUUUAUUAUGGAACUUCUGAUUGGAGGUAAUAUUUUAAAAGCAUCUGUUGCAUACUUGGAUUUUUAAAACUCAGUAUAAAUUACAGGUUUUCAUGAUAAGUUGAAAACAAGACUUUUGAAACUGGUACAUUGGCUCAUCCCACUACUACUUAGCAUAGUACUAAUGAGAAUUUAUUGCAAUGUAUUAUUAUCCUUAAAUAAUAAAUGUUGAGUAGGAGUAAUAGAAACUAGAAACACAUUUUGUGGAUAUAUUUCAUUAGUAGUAGAGUUAAGGAAAAAUGCUCAUUAUGAUUUUGACAGCUGGGUCCUUUAGGUAGUAGCAUCUGCAGCUCAAUUUAUAUGUGCAAAGUACGAAAUUUCUUGGCUUUUUCUUUAUUAAACAUUGUGUUUUCCCCCAAUAAUUAUUGGAGUUGGCAAUGAUAUCCAAAUAUAUUACAUUUUUACUUAUUUCAUAUGAUUGAUGAAUGAACCGAAAAGAUAUGCAUAACUUAAACUAGUCAUUUGGAUAUAGUAAUUUUUUAAAAUACACGUUUCUAUUUCAUGUUAUGUAUAACUUUCAGGAUUACAAUUAAUUUUAUUAUACAUAGCUAGAUGUUACAUUAUGCUUUUAAACUAAAAGGCUGAUAGAUUUAUUUUGGAAUUCAAAGAGAUUGUUAAACUUUGUACUUUUAUAAGGUCAUAUUUUGAGUUAGAAAGCUUUUACAACUACAACGAGUGUCCUUAAUCCGAGACUCCACAGGUUUGGGGGGAAUUUAUGAAUCCCUUAAAAUUGUGUGGAAAUUCUGUAUGUUAGCUGGAUUUUUUUUUUUUUUCAGGAAUGAAUGGUUGGGUGGCUUUAUUAAAAGGGUCUGCGAUUGAGGGAAAAAAAGACUUUUUACAACAAUAUCUUUUAAAAAUAAUAAUAUUCUUUUUUCUACAAAUUAUAAAUUUCCUUAUAUCCAAUUGUCUUCUCAAUUGAAUCUUUGAGAAAUUUUUCCUUUGCAAUCCUCUCCUGUUGCCCACGGUAUCUAAUACCCUUUUCUUUAUAAUCGUAUGAGUGAGUACAAAAUUUAUGAGAAGUAAAGGAUUUUGUUUAGGGAAACUUUUUGAUAGAUUUGAUUGGCUUGUAUUAGGACUUGUAAAAAGUUAUAGAAGAAUUUUCUAUCCAGUUAUUUAAAAUCCUCUGUUUUAUUCAGUAAAAAACCGUUAUGUUUUAGGUAAAUCACACUGAAAAUAAACUGAGGCAGCAAGUGUAAAGUAGAACGUAUGCAAAUGUGAAGGUUUCCUUUUUGAGGACUUCAGUAACUAGUGGUGAAAAUGUCUCAAAACAAGUCAAUAGAGAUAAUUGUCAUAUAUUAAGAUUUAUUUCUUCUGUUAGUUUUUUCAUUCUAUUUUCAUUUUUUAUCUUAUAUAUUUUAGGAAGUUUCAAGUCAAGAGAAACAAAAUGAUGGGGUUUUGGUAUUUUAAAUGUUGAUUUUUAAAAAACUGUUUCUAAAUCAAAACUUUGGAAAUGUUUCUUUUGCCUAUUUAUCCUAGAGAUUUUGGUAUAAGGAUGUUUAUUUUUAAGGUCACUUAAUAUUGGUUUUAGAAGUUAUUUUGGAUGAUUAUAAGUUACAAAAAAGUUUAACUUAGAUUAUUAGGGGAAAAUUCCUAAAUUUUUGGUAUUUUACUUUGCUACUGUUUAGAUGGAGGAGCUAAACAAGCAGUAUUCAUUUUAUAGCACAAAUAUGAAAAAGCUUUUUUCACAGUAGAUACCCUACCUAGAGUAAUAGUAGAUGUUCAGAGCAGUGGGAUUAACCCUUAUAUAAUAUUUUCCAAAAAGUGAAAACCAAAAAUGUAAAAUUUUGAGGAAAAUCUUUGAGAAUAUUAGCAACAGUCUAGAAGAAUGGAACUUAAAGUUUAUUAAAUAAGCAAAUAUAGUAGUAGCAUUGGCUGAAUAAUUCCUCUUUUAAACAGUUUAGACCACUGAUUAAAAGUCACUAGAUAAAAAUCACUGUAAAGAUAUACCUUGAGGGAUUAUGGUGUAUUUACAUGUUACCCAUAGAAAUUAUUUCUGUAUUGUAUAAUGGGAGAAAUGAACAGUAUCAUUAGAGUGCAGUAACAGGUGGACAUUUCAGAUGAUGAAUAUAAUAUCUCAACUUAGCUGUUACAUGAAGUGUGUUGUCUUUGAAGAACUUUUCAUCUGCUUUUGUUUCUUGACACUCGUGAUGGAAAUAAAAAUGUCAGCAUCCUGAUGAUGUGGAGCAAUUUAUACUAAUAAGGAGAUGAUUUUUUUUUAGAAAGUGAGGUCAAGUAUUAAAACAUACAAUAGAGGUACUCAUUUAGAGAAUAAAGAAACUUUAUAAGAUUUUUUUUUUCAACUCUUCCCAAUCAGUAUUCUGUCAUUACUUAGAUAAAAUUGGAGGAGAGAAGAAAAAAUAGAGUAGGGCAUGAAUGAAGCUUGGCCAGUUGUUUAAAAUCUUAUAAGCCUGUGAAGCUCAUGUCAUCUAUGAAUCAGUUUCUAUUAGUUUCCUUUAGGUCACAGUGCUUUUUCAGGUCACAUCCUUUUGUAGGAGAGAAAAUGCCAGGUAUUCAUUUGUCAUUAACAAGGAAUGACAGUGAGGCUUCCUUUUUUCUGUAUGUAAGGCAUAUAAAAAUUAUCCUUCAAGAACUAGUAUUGAAAAUCAGUUUAAUGCUUUUGAAGGAAUAAGUGUGCCCUCAUAAUUAAUUAGAAUUUAGAUUUGAAAGUUAAAUCUUUACCGAAGAUUUUUUGUAUUUUGCUUUAAUAGGAGUAAGCAGAGGAAAUUGUUAACUUAAUACCCUAUUUUUAUUUAAUGAUGACACAUGACACAUGGCCUUUGCCUUUAAGUAUAUUUUAUAUUGCUAUUACUAAAGAAAUCACUAAUGGAAAUCUUUUAAUUGAAUUUAAAGAGGUUAGCUCCUUUUAUAUAUUUAUAUUUAUAAAGUGAAUAGCAUUGUCUUUAUCACCUUUCCAAUGAAAAGAUGCAAGUGCAUGGACUAUAUAUAUUAUAUAAAUAUUAAAUAAUAUUAUAUAAUAUGUAAUGUCCUGUGGGGGUGUGUAUAUAUGAAGGUUGGUCUCUUCAAAUACAUCAUUAAAUAUGUAAUCCAUAAAUAAGUUCUUAAACCUGUCUUUAGGGUAUAGUUUUUGACUGAUAUAAGAAAUGAAAUACAUUUUUUUUUUUCCUCUAAAUCUAAUGUGUUCUUUUCCUUUAUCAGGCAGACUCAUAGCUUGUCCUAAUUACUGUUUCUCUCAUCAACUAAAACUGUUCUUUCCUAGUAAGUGACCAGCCUUAAACAUUUUUAUCACUUUAAACAAAUACUGUUCUCAGUAUUCUUUUUGCCUAAUUCAUUUAUCAUACGUACAUUUGAUUUGCUUUAAACUUGAUCAUCCAGAACAUUGUUAUAGAGAGUUUUCCUAUAUCAGAGUCCUUGUUGGUUUUUUUCUGAUGACAUUAGGCAACAAUAUAGUGUUAUCAGUCAUCAUUUCAAUAUUAUUAAAAUGUUGGCCACAACUUUACUUCUUUAAUUUGAAUCUAGCAUUUUCAAGGCCAUUGUUUCUUAACUGAGAUUGUAGAUCAGACUUCUCUGUGAAGUUUUAUAAAUGUACAGAAGUUUAGGCACGACUCUGGAUACUCUGAAUCUCUUUACUUGAUAUUCUUGGUAUAAAAAAUUGUCUCAGGGUUAUUAUAUUAAAUCUUAAAAUAUUUUCUGCUAUAGAAAUUAUAUCCAUUCAUUUUUAUAAAUCAGAUCCAAUAUUCACAGGCUUGUUUGAAAAUAGGUUUAAUCAUUAUCCAUGAAGACAUUUUUUCUAAAAUUUGCUUGGAAUAGCUUUCUUAUCUUUGUUUUGCAUGCCGUGGAAACAACCAAAUUUCCCUUUCAGUUUGCAUUAUUCUUCUCAUAAACUCUCUUCAGACCUUUCACAUUUGAAAAUUAUAACUAAAAUUUGCCUCCAAAAAAGUGUUUGCUUGUAUUAGUUCCUAGUACCUAUCAGUGAAUAUUUUGCAUAUCUGAGUUAGGUAACAUUUUAAAGUAUUAAUAAAAAACAUGAGUAACAAAAUGCUAGAUUUAAAACUUAGACUUAGAUCUCUUACAGCGUUGAAGCUAGUAAUCAGUAGUUUUCCUAAUUAAAAGCAUUGGAUACAUUCCCUAAGCACUUCUGAGGACUUUUGUAGGUAUAGCCUCUGUAUGGAAAUACUCUUUAAUUUUUCAUAUGGAAAGUCUUAGUAUUACAAAAAAAUAAAGCAUUAACAUUUAAGAUAUUUAGGCCUGUACUGGAAAUGAUUCAAAUUUUCUACAUUAAAAAUAUAAGGUCAUCUUAGAUUAUAGGAGUUAUGCUUUUCUUCAGUAUAAGAAGCUUGUGUAAAAGUGGCUGUCUUAUCAGGUACUUUUCUGAUACAUUGUAGUAAUUCAUCAGAUACGUCUUCUUAGAUUAUCUCACUGACAUUUGUCACAUGUGGGUGAUUUCUAAACACAUUGUAGGAUUUUGACCUAUGAAGCUAAUGACUUUAGUGAAAAAUAAAAGGACAGAGAUAAAAUUGUAUUUACUUUUGUCUUCAUGCCUUUAAUCUUAUACCUGAAAAUUCAGAGGAAAAGAACAAGUAGAAAGUCACUAAUUCAACAUUUGUUUUCUGUGGUUUAGUUUUAAUAUGUUUCCUUGGAAACUUAUUUUGCAAAUAUUACCAUAAUAAUAAUAACACCACAAUAUUGUCAUUGAAAAAGUUACCCAUUCAUUUUUCAAAGUUUGACCUGCUAGUGGACUUUUGGGUGUUUGUGUGUGUGUGUGUGUUUUCACUUAUAAUAUGAUGGCUGUCUCAUUAUUUAAAAUUAUAAUUAUUUUUGAGUGUACAAACGAUUAGCUAUUUAUAAUACUAUUAUAAUAUAGCAUUGUAAUUUGAGAAUAAGAAAACAAGUUAGGAUUUAGGUGGGAUUGAAAAAUAAAAUUAUAUUUUAUUGAUUAAAAUAUAAACUUUUAAAAAAGAAGUCUUAUUCCAAUUGGACCUUUUAAAUUUUUAUUUUUGUAAUAAUAUAUUGCAACUUAAUGUGUAUAAAACUAGAGUUUCUCUGGUAGCCAGUGUACUAAAUAAAUAGUUACUGUUAAAAUGCUA